GUUUACUUCCAUGUUUGUAAAUGUAAAACAAUACAAAAUUUUUAAAAUCGUACUUACAAUAUUGAUUACAGUCAGAUCACAAAAUAUAAUUUGAAUUGAUAUACCAUAGUUUGAAAUAUGUGGUCAUUAUUUGUUAUAUGUUUCGGAACAAUUUUGAUUUAUUUUUAUGCAAAGCGGAGAAAAUUUUUGAAGAAGUUUAAAUUUAUUCCAUCACCUCCCUCGUUACCACUUAUUGGACAUCUGCACCUUCUCAUGAAAAUAGAUGUCUUACUAAAAAUUAUAGAGAACUACAAAGGCAAAUGUCUCUUGUGGAUUGGCAUAAAGCCCUAUAUAAUUGUUUAUAAUGCGGAAGACAUGGAAGUCAUACUGCGAAACUCUAAAGAAGAUAUCCCCAAAGGAAACACCUACGAGUACGUUAGACCUUGGUUAGGUGACAGCAUUUUGAUAAGUCACGGACCUAAGUUUCAAGAGAACAAAAAAAUAUUAGUUCGAACGUUUCACAAAAUAAAUCUAUUGGAAUUUAUACCAGUGUUCAACGCGAAUGCCAAAGAUAUCGUGGAUAAGUUUAAGAAGCAUGCAGAUCUGGGGGAAUUUAGAGCCGAUAAAUAUUUGGCAGUUGGAACAAUGUUUAAUUUAUUGGCCGCCACUCUGGGAAUUCACAAGGGGCUCCUCAGCGAAGAAGACGCUCUUAACUACUGUGAAUCUGUUGAAAAAUUGGGAGCAUACAUUUUUGAGCGACAUGUCAAAUUUUGGCUGAGCAACGACUUUAUAUUUCAGUUCACAAAAUUAAAGAAGAAACAGGAUCAUCACUUGAAUAUUCUUAAUACGAUUUCCGAUAGAGUAUUAAAGAAAAAGAAAAUUGAGUAUGAAAAAAGAAUUCAGUCUGGAAUUGUGUCUGAUGAAAACAGUGUUGUGUUUUUAGAUAAUUUUUUUAGUGCGACCAAAUCCAAUGGUGAAAAUUACUCCUCGAAGGAAAUUAAGGACGAAGUUAUGACCAUGAUGUUUGCGGGUCAAGAAACAAGUACUGUAACGUUAGGAUUUACUUUGAGCCUUCUGGGAAUAUACCAAGAUGUUCAAGAAAAAGUAUACGCCGAAUUAAUGGAAAUAUUCGGAGAAUCUGACAGAGAUGUUACAUAUGAAGACACUAAAAACUUAAAAUAUUUGGAGCAAGUUAUACAAGAGUCCUGGCGUUUGUAUCCACCAAUUAACGCCUUUUCCAGGUCUCCAAUAAGAGAUAUUAAACUCGGCGACUACAUUUUGCCCAAGGGGUCAACAAUAGUGUGCGCUUUGUAUUUGUUGCACAGAAAUGAAAACUACUUUCCCAAUGGCAAUAAAUUUGAUCCGGGAAAUUUCCAUCCGGAACGGGUUAAAGCGCGACCAGGCUAUAGUUUUAUUCCUUUUUCACAAGGUUAUAGGAAAUGUAUAGGAUCAAAAUACGCGAUGUUGGUAGCAAAGGUUUUCCUGGCCACAAUCUUAAGAAAAUUCAAGGUCACGUGUCAUCAAAAACAAGAAGAUUUCAAACUAAAAUUGCAGUUAACAUCACACAAAAUAGGCGGUUUUAAAAUGAGUGUGGAAAACCGUUUUUAAAAGUUUACGCUUUAAAUGAAAAUAAUUAAAUAAAUAAUUGAAAAUGUU